AUGGAUUUAAUUUCAACUGCUCCUAAUAUGAUUGGAAUGGAGCAACAUCAGCCUCAUCCGGAAGGUCUGAUAGAUGUAUCUUCUGACAUUCUUUCAGAUGCAGCGAGCUCCACAACGGAUGACCCGAAGAAGUCACUGACAAUACAUAUACCCAAACCGAAUUCUAUAGCGCAGCUGGAUCAAUUGCUGUAUCGUUAUCGGGCAAUAUCUGAUCAGGGCAAAGCGAGCAGAGUGGAAGUAGAAGCGCUUGAACGCGCCUUCUACGAAAUUUCUAGAGAUCAGGAUGUAUACAUUCAACGUCUCGAGGAAUUGCGUUCAGUGAAAAAUGAGGAAUGUCAAUAUGAUGAUGCUUUAUUAAGCAAACAGAUAUUAGCUUUCCAACUACUGGAAAAGGACCUGGAUAUACCAGAUAAUUUACUAUCAGAAAACAAUGAUGAACAGGAGAAUUAUGGUUCGAAAAUAACGACUGAGCAAGAAUUGAGACCAGUAAAUGUUUCAAUGGAUUUUGAUCAGAAAGCAAUUGAGUUCAAGCUUUUUGAUAAAUUUACAAAUACUACACCAACAGAACUUGGUCAUUAUCAAACAGAAACUAUGAUAUCUUCGCAUAUAGCUAAGAGAAUCAGCGAACUGGAGAGGCUGCCUGCCAAUCUGGGUACCUAUUCUUUAGAAGAUUCUUUAGAGUUUACUACGAAGGACGAUAUACCAUCUAGAAUUGACGAAUUGAAGAUAAAGGCACUUGUUGAGUUGAAAAGUCUUAAGCUUCUCACGAAGCAAAAAUCUCUGAGGCAAAAAUUGAUUACAAACGUUUUAAGUCAAGCUCAUCACACAGUUCCUUUUUUGAGGGAUUCGCCUUUCACAAUGGCUGCACAAAGAUCUGUUCAGGUGAGAUCCAAAGUAAUUGUUCCACAGACGGUAAGACUUGCAGAAGAAUUAGAGAGACAACAGCUGCUGGAGAAACGUAAAAAGGAAAGUAACUUGCAUAUGAAGAAGGUCACGGGAAUUAUUGAUUUUGUGCAAAAUAGGCAAUCAAACAAUUGGUCGUAUCGUGAUCGUGCGAUCCAAUUUGGUAAAUUGGGACAGAUGACUCAUAACCAAAUAGAAAAGGAGGAGCAAAGGAGAAUGGAAAGAACUGCAAAACAGCGUUUGGCUGCAUUGAAGUCUAAUGAUGAAGAAGCUUAUUUGAAACUGUUAGAUCAAACAAAAGAUACAAGAAUUACACAGCUGUUGAAACAAACCAACACCUUCUUAGAUUCUCUAGCUCAGGCAGUUAAGGUUCAACAGAAUGAAGCUAAGAUACUUAGAGGUGAAGAAAUUCCCCCAAUAACAGACGAAGAAAGGGAAAAGGUCGAUUAUUACGAGGUUGCACAUACGGUUAAGGAGAAGGUGGUUAAACAGCCAUCCAUGUUAGUUGGUGGUACCUUGAAGGAAUAUCAAAUUCGUGGUUUAGAAUGGAUGGUUUCGUUAUACAACAAUCAUCUAAAUGGUAUUUUGGCAGAUGAAAUGGGUCUCGGUAAGACCAUUCAGUCUAUAUCUCUUAUCACAUACUUAUCUGAAGUCAAAAAAGAAAAGGGGCCAUUCCUAGUUAUUGUACCUUUAUCUACUAUCACAAAUUGGACCUUGGAGUUUGAAAAGUGGGCCCCCGGUUUGAAUACAAUUAUAUACAAGGGCACGCCAAACCAAAGACGUGGAUUGCAGCAACAAGUAAGAAUCGGAAACUUUGAUGUUCUUUUAACUACAUAUGAAUACAUCAUCAAAGAUCGUUCUGUUUUGGCUAAACCGGAUUGGGCUCAUAUGAUCAUUGAUGAAGGUCACAGAAUGAAAAAUGCUCAAUCUAAGUUAUCUUAUACCAUCACACAUUACUAUCGCACAAGAAACAGACUAAUUUUGACAGGUACACCUUUGCAGAAUAAUUUACCUGAACUGUGGGCACUUUUGAACUUUGUUCUUCCCAAAAUCUUUAAUUCAGCAAAGACAUUUGAAGACUGGUUUAAUACUCCUUUCGCAAAUACUGGUACUCAAGAAAAACUUGAAUUAACAGAAGAAGAGAUGUUAUUGAUCAUCAGGAGAUUACAUAAAGUUUUGAGACCUUUCUUGUUACGUCGUUUGAAGAAAGAAGUUGAAAAGGAUUUACCCGAUAAAGUGGAAAAAGUUGUUAAAUGUAGACUUUCGGGUUUACAGCAUCAGCUGUAUCAACAAAUGCUUAAUCACAAUGCUCUUUUUGUGGGAGCUGGUACAGAAGGAGCUACAAAAGGUGGAAUCAAAGGUCUAAAUAAUAAGAUCAUGCAAUUGAGAAAGAUUUGUAACCAUCCAUUUGUUUUUGACGAAGUUGAAAGUGUGAUUAAUCCAACUCGUGCGAAUAGUUCUCUUCUUUACCGUGUAGCCGGUAAAUUCGAAUUGCUAGAUAGGGUGCUGCCUAAGUUUAAGGCAACAGGGCAUCGUGUAUUGAUGUUUUUUCAAAUGACUCAAGUUAUGGAUAUCAUGGAAGACUUCUUAAGAUUGAGAGAUUUGAAAUAUAUGAGACUGGAUGGUUCUACAAAGACCGAAGAAAGGACUGAGAUGCUGAAAGCAUUUAAUGCGCCAAAUUCUGACUACUUUUGCUUUCUGUUGUCAACAAGAGCCGGUGGUUUAGGUCUGAAUCUUCAAACUGCUGAUACGGUUAUUAUCUUUGAUACAGAUUGGAAUCCUCACCAAGAUUUACAGGCACAAGAUAGAGCUCAUAGAAUUGGUCAAAAGAAUGAGGUUAGAAUUUUACGAUUAAUUACAACUGAUUCCGUUGAGGAGGUCAUUCUUGAAAGAGCAAUGCAGAAGCUGGAUAUUGAUGGGAAAGUUAUUCAAGCUGGUAAAUUUGACAACAAAUCUACGGCAGAAGAACAAGAAGCAUUUUUAAGAAGAUUAAUUGAAAGUGAGUCCAGUAAAGAUGACGAUGAUAAAGCUGAACUCGAUGAUGAAGAAUUAAAUGAAAUAUUAGCGCGUAGUGAGGGUGAAAAGGAGUUUUUUGAUAAAAUUGAUCGCGAGAGAAUAGAACAGGAAAGGUUGGAAGCCAAAGCGGAGGGCUUAUCAAAACCAUUACCACGUCUAAUAGAAACCGAUGAGCUUCCGGAGGUUUUCACGGAAGAUAUUUCAACCCAUCUGCAGCCAGAACCUGUGGCAGUGGGAAGGGUAAGAGAAAGAAAAAAAGUUUAUUACGAUGAUGGCCUGACUGAAGAGCAAUUCUUACAAGCUGUAGAAGAUGAGGGCAGCACCCUUGAAGAAGUAAUUCAAAGGAGACGGGAGGCCAGGACCAAAAGACAAAAACCCAGGUUUGAAGAGGAUGAAGGGCUCGACACAAUUGAUAAUUCGCCGGAACCGUCUUACCAGGAGCCUGUCGAAGACGAAAACAGAGAGCCAACGAUCUCUGACCAGCACAUCCCUGUGGUCGAUGAAAAUGAAUCACCUCAGGUGGUGGCACCUAAGCGCAAGGUUAGAUCAAGGAAAAAGAGAACAGCAUCUGCUGUGGAAAACCUACCUGAUAAGCAGAAUGUUACUCCUAUGGAAAUAGAUGAGCCAGAGAAAAAGAAGCCUAAGUUAAAAAUAAGAUUAAAAUUAAAAGGCGAACCAGGAGCCACAGGAAAGUUGGAAACUAAUGAAAAAGGUAAAGUUGACGUUAAGGAAGAAAACGAAAAGUCGCUAAAGGCAAAAAAAGGUAAGACUACUAAUGCUGCGAGCAAUAAGGCCACUUGUGUAAACGAUGCCAAAUUAGAAGUUUCCACAAAGAUAACUGAGCUGAUCGAUGCUAUGCGUGGGCAAGUUGAUGAAACAGAUGACCAUCCAAGGACUUCAAUUUUUGAAAAAUUACCUUUGAAAAAAGAGUAUCCUGAUUAUUUUGCUGUAAUCAAAAAGCCCAUAGCGCUUGACACAAUAUCGAAGAAGAAUAAGAAGGGCAGUUACGAGAGCUUAGAUGAUGUGAAAAAUGAUAUCCAGACUAUGUACGAUAAUGCUCGCUUCUAUAAUGAGGAAGGAUCGUGGGUUUAUAAUGAUGCAGAUAAGUUGAACGUAUUUACUGAUGAGUGGUUCAAUCAAAACAGUUAG